GUGGCGGCGGCGGCGACGCCGGGAGGAUGCGGGCGGGCGGAGGGGCGCGGGCGCUGCUCGUGCUGCUGCUGCGCCGCUGCCUUCUGAUGGCACCGCGCCCGGCCGCGGGGCAGCACGGGGAUGGCUGUGGCCACACAGUGCUGACAGCACAGAGCGGGACGCUGAGCUCCAGGAACUACCCCGGCACAUAUCCCAACCACACUUGGUGCCAUUGGCAGCUGCAGGCCCCCCCGGGCACCUCCCUCAUCGUGGCCUUUGGGGACGUCGACUUGGAGUCCUCGGAGCACUGCACCCACAGCUCCCUGCUGCUGGCCGACCCUGAGAGAGGCACUGCUUAUGGGCCCUACUGUAGGAAUGCUGUCCCUGCCACCCCGCUGCUGGUCACCAACUCCAGUGCCAUCACCAUCCUGUUCAACAGCACCAGCCACCGCUCAGGACGAGGCCUCCUCCUGUCCUAUGCCAGCUCACAGCACCCAGACCUGAUCUCCUGCUUGGUCAGAGGUACCCACUUCUUCCAGGAGCACGUCAGUGUGUACUGCCCUGCUGGCUGCAAGGACAUCGAGGGGGACAUCUGGGGCAACACAAAGGACGGCUACCGGGAUACCUCAGUGCUGUGCAAAGCAGCUGUGCACGCCGGUGUGGUCGCCGAUGAGGUGGGUGGGCAGGUCACCCUGUCCCGUGAGAAGGGGAUCACACUCUACGAGUCUGCCUUCGCCAAUGGGCUGCACUCCAAAAGGGGCUCCCUCUCUGAGAAGCGUCUCCUAUUCCACAAAGCCUGCGGCGAUGCCCUGGAGGUGGUCGCCUUCAACGCGUCAUCCUGGUGGCAGGAGGUGGACAUGCUGGGGCAGGAGCGGAGCUGGGCAGCUGAGCGGGCAGCCCUGGGCACCCCCAGCCCCUCCUGGGCAGCUGAUCCCAGCACUGACACCGCCUGGCUGGAGCUGGACCUGGGCACCCGCAGAAAUGUCACAGGGAUCAUCACAAAGGGAUCUGCUGAGAUAUAUGACUUCUACGUGACGUCCUACCGGGUGUCCUCCAGCCGUGAUGGGAAGAACUGGAGACCCUACAGGGGCAGCAGUGGCCGGGAGGACAAGGUCUUUGAAGGAAACAUGGACAGCCUCGGGGAGGUCUCCAACGCCUUCAUCCCACCCAUCACGACCCGCUACCUGCGCAUCACACCCCAGAGCUGGCAUCAACGUGCUGCCUUGAAGGUGGCCUUGCUGGGCUGCCAGAUGGCACGAGUCCGUGCAGCACGGCCCUAUGUGCCCAGCGUCCCAAAGGAGGUCCCUGCCCACAUCCCCAUCCCCACCAGCCGCCCGCCUGGCCGCACACCCAUCCCUGGCGUCGCCCUGGACCCUGAGAAGGCAGACUCCACACUGCUGGUGAUGCUUCUCAUCGGCGUCUUUGUCCUCCUCUGCUCCAGCCUCCUGCUGCUGGCUUUCCUCUGCCGCAGGAGGAGGAAGCCAGCCACCAAGCUGAACUGUGGGCUCACGAAAGGACAACCCAAGCUGGAGGCAAGCCAGGUGUGUUCCCUGGGGAGCCUGCCACCGCCCGGAUCCACCCUGCCCUCCUUCCCUGUGGUGCUGGGUGACCUCAGCCAGACCUCACCAGACUACGCCGAGCCGGAUGUGGUCCAGGUGAGCCCCAGCAGCCAGUUGGCCUCCUCCACCUUCAAGCCUCCCCCCGACGAGGGCUACACCCUGCCGCUGGUUGUGAGCCACUACGACGUGCCGGGAAAACACCACGAAUACGCAGAGCCUCUGCCACCAGAACCCGAAUACGCCACACCGUUUGGUGAACCCGAGCACGUCGGCACCCGCUGGAACCCCAGUGACACCGCAGGGCUCCCUGCCUCCCCGAACCGUGCCGGCUCCCCAGGCUCCCCCCCAACACGGUACGUUGCCCCCCCGUUGCAGCUGCCUGGGGUGGAGCGGACUGCCAGCCCCCAUGGGGACGGGUUCCCUGCGGAGGGAUCCCACUCACAGCAGCUCGCAGACUGUCCCUUCUCUCAUGUGUACCACGAGGCCUGGUGAGGUGGCGGAGGAGAGCUGCCCACCCUCGGAUGGAGCCCUUCCUUGGGGCGCGGAGGGGUUUUAUACCUAAAUCUGCACUUUUAUUUAAAUAUAUAUAUAUAUACAUACAUGUAUAUAAACCAUCAGCUGCCGUGCGAGCGCCCUCACGCAGGGCUCAGAGUUGGGCAGAAGCCGACGAGUUCUGCUAUGCGUGACGCAUCCCAUACAGCCCUAUGGAGGAGCGCUAUGGGCACCAGCAGCCCCUACGCGCAGCCGCCGCAGCACCGCCGCUUCCUAUAGGAACAACCGCAGCUGCCACGCGGCUCCACACGUGGACGCAGCCCCCACCACACCCCCACGUGACUCCCUCACGUGACCACCGCUUUCCUCGCUACUCUUCGCACCGCCACCCCGGGGCGCCAGAACAAGCGGUUACCGGCGACCCCUCCCACAAAAAUUGUGCUUCCGAAAUCUCUUGAUGUCGAUUCCGCGGGGGCGGCCGGAACCCCCCCGUGCCACGCACGGCAGAAGCCCUUUUUAAAGCUUCGCUUUCGCGCUGCGGCCGCUGGGCAGCGACAGACUCCCUUCAAGUUCGCGGCGAGUCUCGUGGUAUUUUCCCCGAAGACAGAGGGAAUACUUUAUUUUUUACCUUUUCCCCUUCGUAUUUCACUGCGCUUUUAGCCAUUUCUGCG